AUGACCGAUACACUACUUAUUCCCUUACAUGUCAAGUAUAUUCAAUCCCUCGAUACCCGACAAGAAGAUCUCGAAUACUGGUUAACCGAGCAUUUGCGAGUCAAUGGGUUGUACUGGGGUCUUACAGCAUUGGACCUAAUGAACGAGAUUGACGCCCUUCCACGCGACGAGGUCAUCAAGUAUCUUGCAAACCAACAGCACUCAAACGGCGGCUUUGGUGGUCAUAACCAUCAUGAUCCUCAUAUCUUGUAUACUCUUUCUGCUAUCCAAGUACUGGUUACCUAUGAUGCAUUGGAUGCUAUCGACGUUGAAGCUGUAGUCCGAUACGUUGCGUCUUUACAAAACCAAGAUGGAUCCGUCAAGGGAGAUGAGUGGGGAGAAGUCGAUUCUCGAUUUGCCUAUAUUGCCUUUUCGAUUCUCUCACUAUUGAAAAGGAUGGAUGCUAUUGAUGUGGACAAGACUGUGGGUUGGAUUAUGCAAUGUCAAAAUUACGAUGGUGGAUUUGGCAGUACACCAGGAGCCGAAUCUCACUCGGGGCAAAUCUUUUGCUGUGUCGCUGCACUGGCUAUUACCAACAAUUUGCAUUUGGUGGAUGCUGAUUUGCUAGGAUGGUGGUUAUGUGAACGUCAACUCAAAAAUGGCGGUCUCAAUGGACGUCCAGAAAAGCUGGAAGAUGUAUGCUAUUCUUGGUGGGUGCUUUCUUCUUUGGCCAUGCUUGGUCGUUUACACUGGAUUGACAAGCAAAAAUUGAUGCAAUUCAUUCUUUCCGCCCAGGAUACCGAACAAGGUGGUAUUUCAGAUCGACCUGGUGACAUGGUGGAUGUCUUCCAUACAGUAUUUGGCGUGGCCGGUUUAUCAUUGUUGGGUUAUCCAGGACUCAAACCUGUUAAUCCAGCUUAUUGUAUGCCUGAAUACGUUAUUGAGAGGAUUGGAUUGGGAAAUCAUAAAUAA